AUGGGAAACCAAUCCUCCUUCUGCAGUACACGGAUUUCGGCUGCAUCCAAAGCCUCGAAGGUGAUCUUCCCCGGCGGCGAAGUGCGGCAGUUUCGCCAUCCAGUUAAGGCUGCCGAGCUCAUGCUCGAGUCCCCUAACUCUUUUCUAGCGAACACAAAGUCCCUGAAUGUUGGUAGAAGAUUCGCAGCUCUCUCAGCUGACGAAGAUUUGGAGUUCGGGAAUAUUUACAUUAUCUUUCCGAUGAAGAGGCUCAAGUCAGUGGUCACUUCGGAUGAUACGGAUGUGCUCUUCAUGGUUGCUAACCCUACAGCCAGAGCCAGUGCCAACAAAGUCAAGGUUUUGCCGGAAUCUGCAGCCACUGCAUUGCCAGAGAGCGAGGCUGGAGGAUCGAAAACAGGCUUUGAAGAAGUCGAGGGGCUCGACACGAGUGAGUUCAAGUACAGGCUAUCAGUAUCGAGGUCCCGAAAGCCUGUGCUGGAUACUAUCACAGAAGAGCAGAGCCGGCAUUCCAAAUGUUUUCCGAGAGGGGUUAAGCAAUCCUGCGUUAAUAUAGGUCCAUCUUCCACUACAUGA